AGGAGGGGGAGGACGAAGAGGGCAAAGUCAUACGUAACGGAGGUUAAUGGAGGAAACGGUCCGCCGGUAGAGACUCCAGCAGCCGCUGAAACACCUCCGGAUAAAUUAAUAUUAAGGAUUUAUAUUUUAGAGAAGACUUGGGUCUUUAAAGAUGGCUCACAGGCUGCUGGUACGCAGGAUUUGGACGUUCUCUGCGAAAGAUAUCCGCUGCCUCAAAGCAUCCACUGCUGCCGCCACCUCCCCGUCUUUUACCACCUCCCUACAGUCCACAACAUCCCGGGCCUCCUUCCUCGCCCCGUCGCGCGCUCUCCCUCGCUCCCUUCCUCACACCUCCUGCAGAGGAGUCUCCUUCAACGUCCAGGAUCAGGAGGACUUCACAGACAGAGUCAUCAACAGCGAUCUGCCCGUGCUAGUCGACUUCCAUGCCCAGUGGUGCGGUCCCUGUCAGAUCCUCGGCCCCAGGCUGGAGAAGGCCGUCGCUAAACAGAAAGGCCGCGUUGCCAUGGCGAAAGUGGACAUAGACGAUCACACAGACCUGGCUAUCGAAUACGGGGUUUCUGCUGUUCCCACGGUAAUCGCCAUGAGAGGGGGAGACGUCGUCGCUCAGUUUGUGGGGAUCAAAGAUGAUGAUGAGCUGGACUCUUUUGUCAGCAAGAUCAUUGGACAAUAAACCAGCCGCCCCCGCUCCGCUCUGCCGUUCACCACCGUCGUGGUGCUGUUUUCUAUGAUUCCAGCACGGUCGGCUUCUCAUAGCCGCCAUCUUCGAGCCUGUUUAGCAACAUCCUGCAAAUAAACAAACCCAGCUGGCAAACUGUCAAACGCUCACACCCAUCACAAGACACGCCGCUUCUGCCACUCGUCUCCUUCUGUCUCUUUGUUUUUUUGUGAUGGGUGUGAGCCUCCUGUAAUGUUUUAGCUCGCGUCAUGCUCUGCAGCGUUAAAUUUCUUUUUUUAUAACGUGACAGCUCUCUUCUUUCUACUAGAGCAGCUACAGUUUGCUGUAAAAAGUCUGUAGAGUGGAAAACAAACAACUGUACUGCACCUUUACUGUGUAACAUGAGGGAGAACCGGUUCUAGUUUUAGCUGUGGAGAGGAUCUAAAAUAAAAGCUGACGAUACUGAAUGAGGUCUGUGACAGUGUUAACCUGUAGUUCCUGCUUCUGCCCACUAGAUGGUGGCAUUUCUCUAACAUCGCAGAGUCUCACGUGGUCAGUUUUACACCAUUAUGCCUACAAGUGCUAGAGAGGAAGUCGUGUUUGUGUAUUUCUGAGUGAGUUUGAGUGUCUGGGUCCUGACUGUGAAGCUUCAGUCGAGCAGGAAUUACAGAUCUGAGUUUAAAGUAGUUUAUUAUUACAGAGAUAAGAAACUCUAUGUACCGAAACAUGACCAAGUGAAGUAAUAAAGGAUUUAAACAUGG